CUAGAUUUUCAUGGGAGUGGCUUCCCUUGACCUGUCAUGCUUGGAAACACGACAACAACGUACAAGAUCGCAUCAGGUGUCACACACAAUGAGCAUAGAUGACCUUUGACCUCCAACAUGCCUUUAUCCCAGGAGUUUAUCGACCACCACACACACCCUCUAAGCUUCACUCGACCACAAUGGCAGUUAGACCUGCAAGGAUCUCUCUACGAACUCGACCUCAAAAUGUGUCAAUUGAAAACUCUGACAUAUGAUUUCAAUUGGUCAAAAGACAGUGGUGUUCCAAGUUCUGCGACAGAUGUGCAGAGGAGGAUCAUCAAGUUGGAUCUGUCCCUUAAUGAGCUGACAGCACUGGAACAUGAAAGCUUAGCACAUUUCAAAAAUGUCAGAGAGCUCAACGCAUCUCUCAACAGAGUCACCAAGUUCGCGGGAGUGGAAGUGUUUAAGUACUUGUAUACACUAAACCUGUCUCACAACUCCAUCAAAAGAGUCGAGAAUAUCAUCGCUAUUCCGUCUCUGGUGGAGUUAAACCUCAGCAUGAAUGAGCUCCGGGAUAUCUCCCUCAUGCCCAGUCUCAUCAACUUGGAGAUUCUCAAUGUCAGCAAUAACAAAUUAGAAUCUCUAGAUGGCAUCCAAGGUCUUCCAAAGCUUAAAGAGUUGUAUGCCCAACGCAAUGAAAUUAAACACAUUUUGCCACUGACGGGAUGUUUCCACCUUCAGGUGUUGAAUGUGUCUAGUAACAGUAUACAUAUGUUACACACAGUGGUGGGGGUCAUCUCACAGCUCAAACAGCUCGAGGUGCUCAACAUGCAUGGGAAUAUUGUUGAGAGGGACCCUAUGUAUCAGACAGAUAUCCUGAAAAACAGCAACGUUAUGACAUUAGAUAACAUUCCGAUACGACCACUUCCACGACAUCCUGUUCCCAGUUAUGACUCCAGUGAUGUGAAACACAAAAAGAACAUUGAUUCACUGAAGCAGGCUGCCCAACAGGCAUUUGAGGAGAGGAUGAGGGAGUCGAAACACAACAUGGAGGAAAAUGUUCGAUUCCUCCAGAAGAGGAUUUUGGACCUUCAGGAUGAGUAUACCGCAUAUGAUGGUAAACUUCGCAAUGACUUGGAUGCAUGCUUAAGGUACCUGGACUCCCUAAGUAUCCCCGAUCUCAGUGACAUGGAUAAGGCCAAAUUAAGGAAUGAAAUAGCUUCACCGCUUGAUGGUAAAUUCUGGCAUGAUGGCAGAAGGAGCAGACGACAACCACAGAAGACCGACUACAGUGACAUCAGGAAGACCGAGGAACUAUUACGCUUCGCAACGCAUGAAUUAGGAAAGGAUGCAGAUUGAUAAGAUAAAGAAGAAGAAGGUUAUUAACAAUGAAUCCAGUCAGGGAAUUUUUCUGUAUUUAUCCAAUGGUUGCACAGUAGACAUUUCAAUCCGUCCAAUUGUUGUCAUUAAUUUUGAUAAUUGUUCUUUUUUACAAGUGGUGUACAUAUGUAUAGUGUGUGUGAUGAAAAUUAAGAUGAUCAUUGUUUAUUGAACAUUAACCAGACUAAGUAUAUAUAAUUAAUAAGGCAAAUUGUGAUUUAGUUUAUAAUAUACUACUGCAUUCCAGCAAUUAUGUACAUUUCAUGUUGGGGCGGGGGAGGAAUACUGACAUUCCUUCAUAAACGUCCGUCUCUUUCCUAAUUUAAGACCAUUCUAAAUAAAACAAUAAUUUAAUGGUACACAUGA